AUGAAGCAGGACGGUAUUGUCACCGAUGAGACUCGUGAUAUCUCCCUCGACCUUGUAGCCAUUGAGGAAGUCCCAGCAAACAAAGUGACGCGAGUUUUCAAACGGAUCGCUGCUGUGUUCGGAAUUGAUAUUGAAGGGGAGGUUUCGAGGCGAACAGUGAGUCGGAUUACGAAGGAGGGAGGUGUUGCCUCAAAAUUGCAGAUUGGACAAGCAGUACUUGACUCGAGUAGCAAAGGGGUCACUAUAUCCAGCGAUGGGACCACUCACAAGAAUGAAACCUACGAAACCAAACACGCAACAGUUAUCCAAGCUGACCAGAAGCUCCAAUUCUUCCUUGGGCUGAAGAUGGCCAUAAACCACACUAGCGAAACCCAGUUAGGAUGUUGGAUCGAGACUUUCGAAGAUAUAUUCCACUUACUCUUUGAGAGUGGAAUGUGUUCGGAGGACGAUGCCCGUAUCUUCUGGAACCUUGUCACUGGCUUCCACUCUGACCAUGCUGCAGACCAGAGGAAACUUUUCGAGCUGCUCAGGAGGUGGAAAGAAAAAUGUGACCGUGAAGUACGUGGAGAACGAGCAAUGAAACGGCUCACUGACCUGGAAUAUGCAUGCCUAAUUUUCCAAGGCUCGCAAACACUUGUACAACAGGUUGGCGGACCAGCUACCUGGGAAGCACUCACUACUACAGAAUGUUCGCGUUGUCUUGAAGCUAUGCGGAACCAGAUUAUACAUGACAUGGGAGAAGCCGAAUAUGCAAAACUUUCGGAAGCAGAGAAGGCUGAGGUUGACUUCUUUCUAUGGGCUGGGUGCUGCAUGCACAAGGAAAUGAAUGCCUUCAAGGGUGGGUGCAUUGGUUUAGACGAGUUUUGGAAGCAGCAUCCAGAGCUCGAUCCACCAAAGCUCCUACCAAAUCGUGAUAAUGCUGCCGCUAUCAGUAAAGCUACAGGAACCGAGGCGGCUGAUCGAGCCCUUGAACGUUCGGAACGAGGAGCUAUCAAAGUAGCCAGUCUGGCGGGGGCGAUUUUUCGACACAAGGAUGGAAAACGGGGACAACAGGACAUGUUGCGAUUCUUCUUUGACCAUAAGCUCGGUUUCAAUAUAUCCUUCCCAGACACAUCGAACACGCGUUUCCAGUCCCACGCAGAAGCUUGUGCUGUAAUCAUUACUUACUUGGACCUAUUCAUUGAGUUCCUCACAUACGUGAAGCAGAACAAGGGAUCUGGAAAGCUAAACCACAUGGAACAGAAUGUAUUCGAUGGUCUCCAAGAUAUCCCGACGCGUCAUGAAUUCAUUGCCAUCACUCUCUACUGGCUUGCCAUCAGUGUCCCCUACAUGCGCGAGAUAAGAGGUCCAUAUGCUACCGAAGAUAAUGUACUCAAGCUCGGGCCUCUCCAUCAACGCGUAAUUGACCACAUCGACACGUUGAUAAAACAUCCGGAAUAUCUGAUUGGACCAAACGCGUCAGCUGAGAUGGGUUCCCUUGAUGGACGCGCUUGGGAACGACCUGAAGCGUUUUACGCAUCUCAAAAAUAUGCACCCAAUCUUCCUCAUUCGAAGGAUGUUCUUAUACACUUCCUUAAGAGUGCCCGAAUACUUUGGGUUCGUUUCAGUGCUGAACUUCUUCCCGGUGGUGCUCUUGCCAAUGCUACACCUGAGCAGAUAGAGAGUGCUUGGAUGGAGAAGACUAAUGAUCUGAAUGAAGCUGAUUUUGGGAUGUAUCGACAGGCUGCGCGUGCUACACCAACCAUUUCUCUUGCUCAGUACAACGCACGAAAGAUGUUCAAACUCAAUCAGACUGCUGAAUUCCUUCACAGUCUUAGUCCCGAAAUGCGGCAAUGGCUUCGAAAAAUCACACGCACUCAGGAUGCUUCAGGGUCUAGCCGCCAGCAGCGAAUUCAGCUCGCGGAAUAUCGCCAGCAGGUUGCGGAGGACAAGACACAAAAGCAGCAGGAACGGAUGGAGAGACACAGGAAAGCUGCACGCGAAAUCGACGCGAUUUCACCAAUCCAGACGGUAACCGAGCUUGAUUUUCGCACUUCAUUGGCAGUUGGAUCGAGUGGAUAUCUCACUGUACCGGAAAUCACGAAGCAACUGAAAUGGCAUAAGAUUCAUGGUGUCAAAGAAGCUAUUACUACGGUUGAGAGUAAGUGGGGCAAUCGGACUGAGAAACUGAAACUUCUUCACUCUUGCAUAGAGAAAUUUGUGGAUGCUCGAGCCUCUAUUGUGCUUUCCGAAGGACCAAGGGAAGAGGAGGAAGAUCCCGAGGUCACUGUGCAGGAUUUGAAUGACUUUGACUCAGAUGGAUAUGAUUCAGAGGAAGAUUAUUAUAAGUAG